CCUACAGUUCGCAGGCUUCGGAAACAAGUAUUGACUUACAUUAUGAGUGACAGUGUGAACACCAUUGAAAAAAAACUAAGAAAACUGCAAUGUCAUUUCACAUGGGAGCUUCAUAAAGAUCAAGCUGACCUCAACUUCCUGGAGAUAAAACUAUGUGAAAGUCUGCAGUCAGUUGAAGAGGGCCAUGGAGGCCAUCUGAACAGACAACGUUUAAACCUGCUGGCUUACAUUAAACACCUUAAGGCUGAAGAUAAGGAAGCACUGGAAUGCUUAGAAAAGGCUGAGAGGCAAAAUGCUCAUGACGGGAGGCUGGGUAUGGUGACAUACGGAAACCUGGCUUGGGUCUGCCAUUACAUUAGUGAUGACGUCGGAGCAGAGACAUAUAUUCAGAAGCUGGAGGAGUUACACAAGGCCUCUGCCACAGUAGGUACCACUGUAAUGCAGUCCAGUGCCACAGCGUCAACCUCUGUCCUGCCUGUUUCCAGAGAGGUACACAGUGAGAAGGCCUGGUCCCUCCUUACAUUUUCAAAGCACCACUAUACAAGAGCCAAAGAGUGCUUUGAAGGGGCUUUGCUGUUGGAGCCUGAAGAUAAGGAAUGGAACUUGGGGUUUGCCUUUUCUCUGUUCCAACUGGAAGGUCUGGUGACCAGGGAGGACCAGAGACUCUCUUAUGAGGUGUCACCGGCUGUGAAACAGCUGAAGAAGGCCCUGGAACUCAAUCCAAACAGUGCCAUGACCCAGGUCUACCUGGGCCUGAAGUGCUACAAGAACCUGAGGAACGCAGAGGCCUGGCGCUAUAUGAGGACAGCACUGAGUUUGGCACCCUACGAUCUCAGUGUAGUACUAAAGGUGGGGAAGUUCAUGAAAAAAGAGGAGCAUUACGAUGAGGCCCUAGCAGUACUGCAGAGGAUGCUGCAGAGGGCGCCAAACUCCUCCCGACUGCACCAUGAGAUGGCCAAUAUAUAUCGCUGGAAGGCUAAGCAGAGUGGAGAUCCCCACAACCAGAAGCUGCUUGAACGCUGUGUUUACCAUCUGGAGAAAGUGGCGCAACUAAACCCUGCACACAUCUACCCACAGCUGGAGAUGGCUAUGAGGUACUCAGAACUGAAGGACACCAGGAAGUCCAUGGAGAAGUUCCAGGAUAUGUGGUCCAGGUCAGACCUGAAGCCUUCGGACCGCCAGGCCUGGCACCGCAUGUAUGGGGACUUCCAGCUCUACCGCCUGGGCUCUGAGAGGACCGCUGUUGACCACUACAAGGAGGGCAUGAGGCUCAACAACAUAUCAUCUGAAUGGAGUCAUUGUAGAAGGCGGCUGCUCAAAAUUCUGAGGGUUAACAUAGAGAAAAGGCAAAAUGACUUUUAUGACAUUGAAGAGUUUGUCAACUCUCAAGGCAGGGGCAAUGAUGUAACCAACGCCGGGGUGACAGCACAGUCAACACGGAUGUGUAGGACUGUAUCAUGAGUAGCCUUCCACUUUAGGUCUACAGUAAACAACCCUUUACUUACAUGUUAUGUUUCUGAUAAUGAAUUUAUCCCCUAUCCAAAGGAGCUUACAGUAGAGAGUGCAUACUUUUCCAUACAGCCCUGCCCCAGAGAAACUACAUUUAAAUUACAUUUUAAAAUGUUAGUUGAGACUGUCAUAUUGCAGCCCAUGACCAUAAACAUGUUAUAUUCUGAAAAUAAACAUUCUCAAUCUGAAAAAAAAAAAGUUAAAAUGACCAUUCUACCACUGAAAUGUCAGUGAUUCUAUGAAGAUACCAACCAUAUAGUAACACUGUCCUUGUAGUAAGGAUGGAUGUAACCACUGAAACAAAUCUAUAAUUAAAAUAUGUCAGGCUCCCUUUUGUUUUUGUCUGGCCCAAUUUUCCAUGCAGAGCUGCUUUGUCUCUACAGAUUUGUGUAGUUGACCAAGAGCUGCUAUUAAUUGAUGCCAGAACAUUUGAAGUAGGUUUAGGUCUGAAAAUUGAAUGUCACUCAACUAUUAUCAUUCAGUAUUUGGAUCAGUCUUCUUGCAUGACCCAGGUGAGCUUCAGCUUGAACUUGAGGGCAUAUUACAAGAUUCACUUUUAGAAAUCUCCAGUACAAGGUGGAAUUAUUAUCAUCUUCAUCUGCUUCUCCGGUAUCGGGUCGCAGGGGCAGCCCCAAAUGAGAUUAGAUGCAACUUGCGAAAGAAUCCCUGACAUUCUAAAACCACUAGUGUACUUGACUAGGUGAUUAGGUAGGUCCCCAUGGGCUUCAAACGUUGUGCAACUAACCAGUUCACUGCUGCAAAUUUCCCUGUCAAAUUCUAAAACCAGCCCGAAUUAUGAUCUGAACUGGCCUUUAGGGUUUCACUUCCACCCUUUGCCCACUGCCUGAGCAAAUGCUAUGUAUGCACUGCUAGUUAGCUAUCUUAGUGCGCUACAUUUCAAAUAGCUUAAACCAGAGUCAGAUGCUUUAAAAAAUGUCCAUAAAAACAUACCAGUCUUGACUUAAUGUAUGAUUACUAACUAAAAAUAUGGAUUGAUUUCCCCAAUAUAUAUUGGUUGUCUAUGCCUAGGUUGUCUAUGCCUAGAAAUGCCUCUGAAUGCAUACAUGCAUAUAUGAGUUACUGUGUAUAUUAUAGUAAUAUAUAGUGAACCUAUAAUGUGACAUAUAAUUAUGUGAUUAUUGUGUGGAAAGUGUACAAAUUCACAAUAAAAAAAAAAUUA